AUGCGGAUUGCUACCGGAAGCUCUUCCUGGGGAGAAGGACUGUUUGAUGCAGCACUUGAUGUUACAAGUAAUCAAACGUCCGUUUUUCUCGCGUUCCCGGCGUGCGAAAGCGUACGUCUUUUGAAUUCCAAUGACCAUUUGAAAGGUGCUAAAUGCAGCAGAAAGCAGGUUCGCCAUAUUGAUCGCUCCUCGAAAAUCCCGGUCAUCAAAGCCCCUUUCAUAUAUUCACAGACCGAGGAGCUCGUUUGGAAGUGGGAACAGUCAAAGCUCUGUGGCCAGAGUAUCAACACCACACUCUUUUCCACCAUGGUUCCACAAUGUCACCCACCAAACAAAGCUGAUAGCCGAGGCAAAUUCGUUUCUAUCGAAGAUAGCAUCGUUCAUGUCUUUCCUCAAGCACAGCUCACGAACCUGGAACCGCACAACUAUCAGCUUGGAAUUCUGGAGACAGCAGAUUCAGCGAACCUAAAGAUUAUCCUUCUCGGUGCGAAAAAGGAGAACCAAACGGAAAGUCUCCGGGGUAGCCUCAUUCGCCUCCGGCGUUCCCUGUUGGAGAGAGUCCGUCCUGUUUUCAAUAGCUGGUCAACUGAAUUCUGGGUAUCAGACUCGGUUGUUAUUGAUUCAAAGUUGACUGAGGAGGCCGGGUUGGUACUCAAGGCAGUGCGUCCAGAGAGCCUCGAUGAGCCAGCAUAUGUCUGUGUUGGCCUUCCAGUCACAAUCUUCGGGCCGUUAUUCAACACGCUGAUAUCGAAAUGGAACGCGAGUGCCGCUUCUUUCGAGUACUCCAACGGCUUUAUCUGGAUAUAUUCCGCAGUGGACCCGACAAACUUCAAGAUACACGCAAGUGAAUCUGAUACCUCGACCAACCAUUCAGUUUCCUCCAUGCUUAAACAAAUGAGCGGAAAAUCAUGGCUAAUUAGGGCAAAGCUCGUGUUCAGACUCGAAAGGUCGAGUAGUGAAAAAGCGGCCAUUCUAGCUGAGCUCCUAGAAGUUUCUCAUAUACAGGUCACCUCUUCUCAUAAACCCAUCACUCACUCCUAG